UUUCCCCGACUCAAGCCAUGCCCUGUCGAUCAAGAUGCAAGUGUCCGCCCACAUCACCCUUUCCCUGUGCCGCAGCUGGCCGUCCAGCAGCCCAACUACUCUCUACAAUCAGUGUCGGGGAAAGCCAAGAGAGCAGCACCUUAUAUCGCCUUUCCCUCCGCACACGCAGGAAGUCUAUGAGUGUCUACGCUGAAGAGUAAAAACCUACAAAGUUCUGGGAUGUCACUGAUUGGUCAGCAACCACGAUAGAGACAAAUUACAAUGAAUUAUUGUAGCUGCCGGGCAAGUAUGAAACAGAAUUUGUUACCAUCCAGUUUGUGUUUGCUUCUACACAUGGGUCAUUGUCAAAUUGCGAUAUGAACCUCACUCUUCUGUUUCUCCUCCAUCACAGCAGAGCCAUGUUCUCCAAAGGAACCAAGCGCAAGUUUUCCGAUGGAGGAGAGGAGCUGCCUGAGGAGGGCCUUCCAGGCUCCAACGAAGAGCUUUCCUCUGUAUCCUAUAGCCUUCAGAGGCAGUCCCUCCUGGACAUGUCCCUCAUCAAGUUGCAGCUGUGCCACAUGCUGGUAGAGCCCAACCUGUGCCGCUCCGUCCUCAUCGCCAACACUGUUCGGCAGAUCCAGGAGGAGAUGACCCAUGAUGGCAGCUGGCAGGCAGCCACCAUGAUGGAGGCCUUCGCUGCAGCCAGUGCUGCCGGUUCUGGUGCUGCCGGCCCACCGGAACGUCUGGUGGCUACCGAGGUGCUGUGCCGGCCUGGGAGGGAGAUGAAUGGGAGCCCUACUGCGGAGCCAAAGCUGUUUUCGGUGAUGGGGUACGAGGAGUGCCGCGAGGAGGAGGUGGUAGCGGUGGAGGAGGACUCGAUCUGCUCUGAGGCGGCCUCGAAUGUCUGCCUGUCGGGCAGCAUGGGCCACUGUUGGGAGAGAGGGAUGCUGAGGGGCGAAAGGGAGCUCGACUCUCGGCUGGGUGCCCCUGACGAGGAUGUGGAUGUGGAAGAGGAGGAUGAGGAGGAGGAGGACGAUAAUGAGCUGGAGGGGUGCAGAGAAGAAGGGGAGGCAAAAGCCAUGAGGCAGGUCUUCGGCACGUUUGAGAUCAAGAACAGCCACCCGGGCCCAGAGUCCGCCUUGGAGGAGCUGUUCUCAGAUGUAGACGCGUCCUACUACGACCUGGACACCAUGCUCACAGGAAUGCAGGCUGCCCCCAAGAUAGGCCCGUAUGACCUCUUGGACAGUCUCAGCCAGUCCCACACUCCCUCAUCCUUAAGUUCAGCCUCAAACUGUCGUUCCGACCUCAAUGAGCUCGACCACAUUAUGGAGAUCAUUGUGGGCUCCUAGGCAAAGGCCUCUCAGAGACCCGUACUCGUCUUUUGCCUUUUUAUGUCUCCUAUGGUAGGCCAGUGGAAUGAGACGUACUGUUAAGGAAAAGGACUUUCUGCCCCUGGUGUCAGUGUGAUUUUUACGAGCUGACCAUUACGUACUUAAUGUAUGUUUUUUUUAAAUGAGGCUGUUUCCUUUCAUCCUUCUUUUGUGUCUGUCUUGUUUUAAUUUAUUCCUGUAAAAAUUACACUACAAGAAUGGAGAACAGAACAAGAUAUAUACAAAUCUGUAAAGUUUGUCUUAUUUUCAUAAAAAAGAAAUUGAUUGAAAUAUGUAUGUAAAUAUAUAUAUAUAUAUAUAUAUUUUUACAACAGAUACAUCUUGGGAACUGUUACUGUACAUUUUAUAUGAGAUUGCACAGUGUCAUGUGCCAUGGACUGAUAUGUCUUCCAAAUCCUAAAGCUGAUGAAACAUUGGCUGAUGCAGAGUUAACACACAUUUUUCUGACAACCCUGUUUCUGUCCACAGUUUGGUGCACACAGUACCAUGUACAGUAUUGCUCAAUAUCACUUUGUCUGAGGUCACGGGAAUGCCUUAUCUCCUCGCUUGCCACAACCUUCGGUUUGCCAUUAGAAGUUAAAAGUUAUAUUUGACUCUUUAGAAAUGAAGAAUAAUGGCACAAGCCAAUUUUAUGUGAAUUCCUUUUAAUUUAAUUUAUUUUAUUUAUUCACAUCAAAUAUGUCAGGUGAUUAUUGGUCAAGUUGAAUCCAAGUUGCUCUUUGACUUUGGUGAACUUGCUGACUUUUUAGUGUGAAACAGCAUUUCUCAAAUUUCUAUGCAUCAAGUGUCCAUAUACACUUUCUAUGCAUCAAGUGUUCUACUACAACUUUACACAUAGUAUUUAAACGUUUUUUUUUAUUUUUUAUGUUGGGUCAGAAAUGGCAUAAGUUAUUGUUUAUGAACGCGAAUGCUUUUCUUCAUAUAGCAAAAUGUCAAGUGAAAGAGAGUUCAAAAUCGCUUGAAAGUAUCAUUUGAACAUGGAUGAACUGAGAGGCAAAUGGUAUCUAUGUAAUAAAUCUAGAGUAGAUUAGAACCAUUUUAUAUGAACAUUGUAGCAUUUUUUUUUUAUAACAUUUCUAAUAAAAGGUACAAAUUA